GCCGGAGCGGCGGGAGCGGGGCCGGGGCCGAGCCCAGUCCCAGUCCCAGUCCCAGUCCCAGGCCCAAUCCCGAGCCCGGGCCCGAGCCCGAGCCCGAGCUUCGCACGGCCCUUCCCGCACGGACACCGCAGGAUCAUGGAUUUCCCGGGGCACUUUGAGCAGGUCUUCCAGCAGCUCAACUACCAGCGGCUGCACGGGCAGCUGUGCGACUGCGUCAUCGUGGUGGGCAACCGGCACUUCAAGGCGCACCGCUCGGUGCUGGCCGCCUGCAGCACGCACUUCCGCGCGCUCUUCACCGUGGCCGAGGGCGACCAGAGCAUGAACAUGAUCCAGCUGGACAGCGAGGUGGUGACGGCCGAGGCCUUCGCCGCGCUCAUCGACAUGAUGUACACCUCCACGCUCAUGCUGGGCGAGAGCAACGUGAUGGACGUGCUGCUGGCCGCCUCCCACCUGCACCUCAACUCCGUGGUCAAGGCCUGCAAGCACUACCUGACGACGCGGACGCUGCCGCUGUCGCCGCCGAGCGAGCGCGCGCAGGAGCAGAGCGCGCGGCUGCAGCGCUCCUUCAUGCUGCAGCAGCUGGGGCUCAGCAUCGUCAGCUCGGCGCUGGGCUCGGCGCAGGGCGCCGAGGAGCCGGCGGGCGCCGUGGGCGCGGCGCUGCGCGGCGGGCUGGAGCAGCGCGCCGCCUUCCCCAUGCGCCGCCUGCACAAGCGCAAGCAGUCCUCCGAGGAGCGCGCCCGCCAGCGCGCCCGGCCCGCCCUGGACGAGCCCGGCGCCGACGGCGCCGCCGAGAGCGGGCAGCCCGUCGGCCACUCGCGCGAGGAUUUCUUCUCGCCCGACUCGCUGAAGAUGGUGGACAACUCCAAGGCCGACGCGGUCACCGAUAACCAGGAGGACAACACGAUCAUGUUCGACCAGUCUUUUGGUGCUCAGGAGGAUGCUCAAGUGCCUAGCCAGUCAGACAACGGCGGGGGGAACAUUUCCCAGAUGUCCAUGGCGUCCCAGGCCACGCAGGUGGAAACCAGCUUCGACCAGGAGGCUGCUGCUGAGAAGAGCAACUUCCCGUGUGAAAAUCCGGAGGUCAGCCUGAAUGAGAAGGAGCACAUGAGGGUGGUGGUGAAGUCUGAGCCCCUGAGCUCCCCGGAGCCUCAGGAUGAGGUGAGCGAUGUCACCUCCCAGGCGGAGGGCAGCGAGUCCGUGGAGGUGGAAGGAGGGGUGGUGAGUGCGGAGAAGAUAGAGCUGAGUCCCGAGAGCAGCGACCGCAGCUUCUCGGACCCCCAGUCCAGCACCGACAGGGUGGGAGACAUCCACAUCAUGGAGGUGUCCAACAACCUGGAACACAAGUCUUCUUUCAGCAUUUCAAGUUUUUUGACUAAAAGCAGAGGAGGUGGCUUUGGCGCCAGCCAAAACAACGACGACAACAUUCCCAACACCACCAGUGACUGCAGGAUGGACAGCGACGCCCCUUACCUGAUGAGCCCGGAGUCGGGGCCCGCCGGUGGCCACUCCUCCGCCGCCGUCUCGCACGUGGAGAACCCGUUCAGCGAGCCCACGGACUCCCACUUUGUGAGGCCCAUGCAGGAUGUGAUGGGCCUGCCGUGCGUGCAGACCUCCGGCUACCGAGCGGCGGAGCAGUUCGGCAUGGAUUUCCCGCGCUCAGGCCUGGGCUUGCACUCGCUGUCCCGGGCCAUGAUGGGCUCCGUGAGAGGCGGAGCCGGCGGCUUUCCCGGCUACCGCCGCAUUGCCCCCAAAAUGCCCGUGGUGACCUCUGUGCGGGGCUCGCAGCUGCAGGAGAGCUCGCCGGGCUCGCAGCUGAUGCUGAACGGGAGCGCGUCCUUCGAGAGCGGGCACCUGUCGCAGCCGGGCCCGCCGCAGCUGACGCGCGCCUCGGCCGACGUGCUGUCCAAGUGCAAGAAGGCUCUGUCGGAGCACAACGUGCUGGUGGUGGAGGGCGCGCGCAAGUACGCCUGCAAGAUCUGCUGCAAGACCUUCCUGACGCUCACGGACUGCAAGAAGCACAUCCGCGUGCACACGGGGGAGAAGCCCUACGCCUGCCUCAAGUGCGGCAAGCGCUUCAGCCAGUCCAGCCACCUCUACAAACACUCUAAGACCACCUGCCUCAGGUGGCAGAGCAGCAACCUGCCCAGCAGUUUGCUGUGAGCGGAGGAGCCUCGCUGUCGGCGGGACGGACGGGCGCACACCGGCGUGCCACGGUGCCGGCACGGCUUGGCUCUGCCUUUGGGGAUAUCCGGUACCUACCUCGCGGGUGUCGCCGCCGGGAGCCGCGCGGCGGGAUGGGGAUGUGACCCCGCGGCGGGGAUGGGGAUGUGACCCCACGGCCACGAGCCCCUUUGCAGGGCAGAGGGGCGACAGCACGGGGGUCUCCUGAAAUAGCACGGUCUGAGAACAACAAACUGACCUGCGCGUUUCUUUUCUCUGUUUUUUUUUUCCUUCUCUCUAAAGCAUUUUGUAACAGUGAAAGCAUUUAAAUGAUUACUGUAACACGAGUUGCUGCAUUACGUGAGGAUGGUGGUGCAGACCCCUUACCUUUAAAAGAGAAAAAUGGCUUAGGCUGCACCUGUCUGACAUAAUGCUUUAAAAUACGCUACUUAUGACAAUAGUUCUAGGAUUAUGAAUGUAUGUUUGGCUGUUUUGUAGUAAAGGACACUGUGUAUUCAAGGUGCUUAAAUUAAAUCCCAGACAAGUAACUUUUGGACUGCCAGGUGUACAUAUAACUUUAAUACAGCAAGAUCUGGAUAUUUGGCUGGUUUUUUUUUCCGUAGAAGCGAGUAUUAAGUGGUAAGUGAAGUACUGUCUCUUGUUUGUGCUUUUCCUAGCAGUAUUUUAACCAGUUUGUAUCUCCUAUGUUAUGAUUCUAUAUACGCAGAGGUUUGAGCAGAGCUUGUCUUCGUCUGUUGUUUUGAAGGAGAGGGAACUUGUGAUGGCUUUUUUGGCCACGUAAGGCAGCAUCUCUCUGUUCCAGAUGCCCACAGCCCAUCUGGUCCCCGUUAUGGCGUGAGCAUGUUGUCUUUUUCUCUUAUCUCCAGGCUUUAGUUUCCUGCCCUGCGCACUGAGUGACUUCCCUUUGCAGCUGUGGAUCUGUCCUUGGAGCACGUCGCUCCUCGGUCAGGAGCAAUCCUCCUUUGCCAUAUUGCACAGAAUCACAGAGUAUGCUCAGCUGGAAGGGGGCCCUCAGCAUCACUGUGUCCAGCUCCUGGCCUUGCAGAGGGUACCCCAACAAUCCCAUCUUGUGCCUGACACUUCUUUGCCUCAGGCAGCUUUGGGGUUGUGACCCUGUCCCUGGGGAUCUUGUUCAGUGCCAGACCACCCUCUGGGUGAAAACCCCUUCCUGAUAGCCAACCUGAACCUGCCCUGAUUCACCUUCAGCUGUUUUCUCAUGUCCUGACACUGGUCACAAGAGUGAGGAGCUCUGUGCCUGCCCUUCUGCUGCUCCUCAGGAGGAUGAUGAAGAGCCCGGUGAGGUCUGACCUCAGUGUCCUCUCCUCCAGGCUGAGCAAACCAAGGGCCCUCAGCUGCUCCUCGUAAAGCUUCCUCUCCAGCCCCCUCCCAGCCCCACGGCCUCCUCUGGACAGCCUCUGAACAGCUUAAUGUCUUUGCUGUGGUGGUGCUCAAAAGUGCCCCAGCACUUGAGGUGAGGCUGCCCCAGAGCAGAGCAGAGCAGGACAAUCCUCCCUCACCCUGCUGCUGACACCCCCAGGGUGUGACUGGCCCUCCUGGCUGCCAGGGCACGGCUGGCUCACAUUCUGUAAAAUGUCCUCAUCAAAUACACUUAAGCUAGUGUCAUAAAAGUACUUUUCCCCCAUACAUUUAAAAAGCUAACUUAAAAUUAAUUUUUUAAAAAUGCGCUGUACACAAGCAGCAGAAAUUUAUCUUUUUCUACAUAAAUCAUGUAAAUCUCUUUUUAAUUUCCUCUUCUUUGGUGCCACUGUCACUUGACACUGCCUGCAGUCUCCUUUCUUCCUUGUCAAAGGUGCACACGCACUGUGCUCAGCUUUCUUAGGUUUUAAAAUGAACUUCCAGAGCAUUUCUGCUGAUGGUAAAUGCUCCUCAGCCGAGAGGGGCUGGGUCAGGGCUGCAGCGUGUCCUGCUGCUCAGGUGAGACUGAGGAUUCCCUGCACCUGCCCUGUCAGCGUGUCGUUUGCACCUUGACCAUCUGAGGAGUGCAGAAACACGGGAGAUGGUUGGGGUAAUUCCUUUAAAAUGUUAAUAUUUUGUUAUAGGGUUUACUUAAUGGUCAUAUCUCUGGCUCUUGAUUCUUUUUUUUUUAAGCAUUAAAAUAACACUUCUUUGAAGCA